AUGAAAAGGGGAUGGGUCCUCCAACAAACUUCCGAAAAGAAGAAUUACCAGCUUGCUUCUCUGAUGCAGAGUCAGUCCUCUCGCCGACCCAAACUCCGACAGCGACCAGAUCUGACAAAUCAAUCACAGCACGCUGACCUCGCAGGACAGUCACACAGCGACCACGGAGAAGGACGAAACAACGAUCGAGAUGGUGUCUAUACCAUCAUCACCAAAGACCAAGAUGCAGGGCCAUGUUCGAAGACUAAGUGCAAGACUGUCGCAGUCUAUCUCCAUGAGCGGAUGAAUCCUUCCCGUUGGUGGCAACCGAGCCCAGCUGCAGGCCAUCGGCACCAAGGACCCGACCGAACCGAUUGA